CUAUAAGUAUCGUUCCUCUCCUCUUCCUCCCUCUCUUUCGUUGUUAGGGUUUGUGCGGCUGCUCCAGUGCUGUUGCGAUGGCGAUCUCCUUUACAGAUCUUCACACAGAAACUGGUCUCAAAACCCUCGAGGAAUUCCUCUCAGGGAAAAACUAUGUCUCCGGUGAUCAAAUUAGCAAGGAUGACGUUAAAGUGUUUUCUGCCGUCGCAAAGCCUGGAGAGGGGUUUCCCAACGUCAGCCGCUGGUAUGCGAGCGUUUCUGGAGUUCUUGCGCCGAGAUUUCCUGGUGAAGCUUAUGGAGUUAAAAUUGGAAGUCAGGCUGCAGUCUCAGCUGCUGUACCUUCUGCGGAAGUCUCAAAGGAGGCUGCAGAUGCUGAUGAUGAUGAUCUAGAUCUCUUUGGUGAUGAGACAGAGGAAGACAAGAAGGCAGCAGAGGAGCGUGAGGCGGCUGUUAAAGCCUCUUCCAAGAAGAAAGAAAGUGGAAAGUCAUCUGUUCUUUUGGAUGUCAAACCGUGGGAUGAUGAGACUGACAUGAAGAAGUUGGAGGAAGCUGUUCGAAGCGUAGAGAUGCCAGGCCUCUUAUGGGGAGCAUCUAAGCUUGUUGCUGUGGGUUAUGGUAUUAAGAAGCUGCAGAUCAUGAUGACUAUUGUAGAUGAUCUUGUUUCCGUUGACAAUCUCAUUGAAGAUUAUCUCACUGAAGAGCCACGCAAUGAGUACAUCCAAAGUUGUGAUAUCGUUGCCUUCAACAAGAUUUAAUAGCAGUUUGCUCGCGUAGAACUCGAAUCUAGAACUUCAUGUUUUAUAUUUGAGGUAUUUAAUGUAUCGUCAUUUAUAAGAUUUUACCCGCCUUCAACAACAUUUAAUUUAGUUUCCCUCUCAUCUAAGCGACCGAAGAGGAUGGGAUUUGAGUCCUGCUUUCCAUUAUGUUUGAGGUAUUUAAUGUAGGCUCGUUUAAGUUACAUGAAUUUAUAGAAUUUUUUUUUAGUAAUAUGCUGGAUCUGUAAUUCUUCUGUUCCA